AUGAACACAGCUCUGAAACUGGCUCCAACCAAUGACACGGUGAUUAUAGUUGGUGAGGAGUACCUCUUGGUACUUUUGAUAGGUCUGUGCAAAACCGCAAAUGUUCUCUUUUUGAAACCUGGGAAGAACAAGGUCUCUUCAGUUACAUUCUCUCCUACUGAUGCUAUAAGUGACAUAUUAAUCGCAGAUAAUAUUCUGUUCUUACACGCAAUGGGUGGAUGUGAUACAACAUCGGCAUUGUACAAUGAAGGAAAACUAAAGUUCCUUCAUACCCUGAGAAGAAACCCUUAUCUUGCUGACAGUAUCAAAUUAUUUAAAGAGUCCAAUGCUACUCAGAAUAUGAUCGCUGACGCUGUGGAAAACUCUGUCAUCGCUCAAUCAUUUGACAUAUAUGUUUGCUAUAAUAAAUCUGCUUUUAAGCUCAAGGCAAACAUCGCAUCAUUACCACCAUCUGCGGCUGCAGUGCGACAACACUCACUAUUAUUAGGUUCAGCAAUGGUUGGGUGGCGGAAAAAACCCGGAAGAGUGGGAAUGGAAAAGCUCAAAAACUGGUCUUGCCCUGUGGCUAGCUUGUUACCACCUGCUCCCCCAGAUUUAUUGAAGCUUGUCUCGUCUAAGUGCACUACAAAUUUUCAAAGAAGUUGUGACUGUAAGCUGCAAUAUCUUGUGCUUGAAUUACGAAAACGAGCGAUGAAUGAAUUGGAGUUGGAUUUCUCAGUCACUGAACCCAUGAAAGAAGACGAGGAAAUUAUACAAGAUGACGAUAAAAAGCCAGUGCCUUCAAUGAGAAAUGAAUUGGAGUUGGAUUUCUUAAUCACUGAACCAAUGAAUGAAGACGAGAAAAUACUAGAGGUAUCAGUUGUAACUGAGAAUAAAUAA